AUGCAGAGCCAAGGAUAUGGGCAAUUGCCUUCACAACCCACUCCAAAUCCUAAGGGAAAUGUGAGUGCAUUAACUCUUCGAAGUGGUAAAACAACUUCAGAUCCAAUUCAGAAUUCACAUUCUGGUUUACAGCAAAAUUCACCUUUGACAGUAGCAGAUUCAACCUCACAAAAAUUUCAGAAUUUUCCAACAAAUCCAGGGCAGACAGAUUCAGCACAGAAUGGCAUGACUGGAACUGAUCAUCAACAUUUUAUUCACCCUGCAGCUUCAGAACUUACACAAUCUGGUGGAACAGAUUUCGGAUUGGAAAUUAAUCCAAUAGAAGCUAGCAAUUCAGCUUCAAAUUCAGCACAGAAUCUGGACAAAAAUUUUAACCAGCAAGGAGUUGAGCCUUCCAUUCCGUUACCUUUCCCUCGAAUAAGAGAUUGUAUUUUUGAGGAUGCAAUGUUAGAUCUUGGAGCUUCUAUAAAUGUGAUGCCUAAGUCAGUUUUUCAGUCAUUAAGAAUUGGACCUUUGCAACCCACAGGUGUAGUGAUUCAGUUGGCUAACCGAAGUCAAGCACACCCAGCUGGAGUAAUUGAGGAUGUAUUGGUAAAAGUGAGGGAGUUAAUUUUUUCUGUAGAUUUUUACAUCUUAGAUAUGGAGGGUGAUGUGCUUGCAAACAUGUCUCCACUUAUUCUUGGACGUCCAUUCUUGAAGACUGCAAGGACCAAGAUUGAUGUUCAUGCGGGAACUCUUUCCAUGGAAAUAGGAGACACGGUGGUUCGGUUCAGCAUUUUUGAGGCUAUGAAGCAUCCUAGAGAGGAUCAUUCUAUACUUAGCAUGGAAAUCUCAGAGGAGCUGGAAGGCAUGGAUUUUUUGUCAGAAAUUGAUUCAGAUUUGGAUACUACGGAUGUUGAUCAAGGAGAUGAAUUGUUUCAUUGUUAG